AUGAAUUGUCUAGAAAAGCCACCAGAAAUAUCCAGGCAUGAGGAUCCUGGAAAUUCUCCUCCACUUUGUCCCUUGGUCUCCCUUUCCCUUUCGGGGCUCAGCGCGCCCCAAGGCUGUGUCCAGCUCCAAGUUGCGGGGUCCUUCCUUUUCAAACUACUCGUCUCGGCCAUUGCCAAACGCUCCCUAACCCAUAACCCUCCGAUCUUCCAAGAACACGCCAUCGUGAUGGAGAAGCCCCGGCCUUCGGAUCUUGACUGUUUGCCUUCCUGGGUGGGGAACGAUUCGGCCCUUUCCUUCAGCCUUCCUGGGGUUCCAGUGGAAACUCUUUCUCAAGGGCUUCCCCACAACAGGAGGUCCCGUACCAUGUGGAAAUGUUUAAACUCCCUCAUCUGUGGAGUCCACGUGGCCACAUCAAUUCUGAUGAAUCCCUUCGGUUGUGGCCCCUGUUUUGAAUGUAUUUAUUUUCAUUUGCGGAGCGAGCAGCAGCUUCCCUGGACCCGAGACAGUUGGUUGACGCUGGGUUUUCUUUUUCUUUUUCUUUGUCCCUCCCGCUGCCAGAAUUCCAGCGCUGAUCAUCGGGUGCGCCUGGACCUGGGCCUCUGGGACAAGUUCAGCGAGCUGGCCACAAAGUGCAUUAUUAAAAUCGUGGAGUUUGCUAAAAGGCUGCCUGGCUUCACUGGUUUGACCAUCGCGGAUCAGAUCACCCUCCUGAAGGCAGCCUGCCUGGACAUCUUGAUUCUUAGAAUCUGCACAAGAUACACACCCGAACAAGACACGAUGACUUUCUCCGACGGCCUUACCCUAAACCGAACCCAGAUGCACAAUGCUGGCUUUGGACCUCUCACCGAUCUGGUGUUCACCUUUGCCAAUCAGCUCCUGCCUUUGGAAAUGGAUGACACAGAAACAGGCCUUCUCAGUGCCAUCUGCUUAAUCUGUGGAGAUCGUCAGGACCUUGAAGAACCAACAAAAGUGGAUAAGCUACAAGAACCAUUGCUGGAAGCCCUCAAGAUUUACAUCCGAAAGAGACGCCCCAACAAGCCUCACAUGUUUCCAAAGAUCCUUAUGAAAAUCACAGAUCUCCGCAGCAUUAGUGCAAAAGGUGCAGAACGUGUGAUUACAUUGAAGAUGGAAAUCCCCGGCUCGAUGCCCCCUCUCAUUCAGGAAAUGCUGGAGAAUUCCGAAGGACACGAACCCCUGACCCCAAGCUCCAGUGGCAAUACAGCAGAGCACAGUCCUAGCAUCUCACCGAGCUCCGUGGAGAACAGUGGGGUCAGCCAGUCCCCACUGGUGCAAUAAGACAUUUUUCAGUCACUUCUGACAUUCCCCCCUACCUUCUGUUCCCGGAUAUAAAAAGCAAGGAAAAAAAAAAAUUUUUUUUUUUUUUUACUGCUGCUUAGUUUUGGGACUGAAAAGAUAUAUUAAAAUUCAAGAAGGACCAAGAAGUUUUCAUAUGUACCAAUAUAUAAAUAUAUAUAUAUAUACAUAUAUAUACUCCUCACUGUUUGAUUCCUAACUAGAAAUACAGACUUAAACAAUUUUAAAUCGGCCAUUUCAUGCAACCAGAAAUUAGUUAACAGCUUCUGUUUUCUCUUCUAAACACUCAAGAUUGCAUGACAAGCCCAAUUCCACCUGAUUGAAACCCUGGCUAGAGUUCAAAGGACUUUGUCCAUAGGGACGGGGGCUCCGCUCUUUCUCACCUGGAUGUUUGGUGCUUCCCCUUUGUCUUGCAAACCCCACAUCACCACGACGCGGAGGUUGUGAAAAAAAACGAGGCGACUGGACGUGUCCAGUUAAGAAGGACUAAAGAGGCGCUCUGGCCCCCGGGUAUAAGAUUAGCCUGGAACGUAGCUCCAGGGAAGAGAGGUGGAGAGAGUUUCGGGUGGAAUUUGUAUGGAAACUUGUCCUUUGCUCUCUUUUCAACGUCUCAAACUGCAUCUUGGAAUCCGUAUUGCCCCCCCCCCCCAGACAACGGCGCCACCCCAACAGAACGGACUUGUGUGUCAGCGUCACUGCCAUUCUCCCACUGUUCGUGUCACUUUAAAUGAGAAGUGGUUUCUCACUUGUUUGCAGACAGAACGACACUGCGGAGGGAGAAGAGAGUCUCUGUCGUCACAGGAAAGCGCCUACAUGGCAGAAGCACCUUCAGUGUUGGGGUGUCUUUGUUUACCUGUUCACAAGCCAUUAGGGAAAGUCAUUGGACAACAAGUAGGCUGGCCAACCACCCUCCUUUGUGAGUCAUGCCAGGGGUGGGGAUUUUCCAACCUCCUUGAUGUGAAGGAGCCAUCACAAAUUCCCCAAGGCCCGGGCAAAGAAUCUGUCUCUUUUGGCUGUGAUCGAGUGGUUGACAGAAGAAAGGGUCAGUUUCUUAGGUCUCGUUUAAGCACUAGUGGAUUUUUUCCCCCAAUAUUUUAGGAAGUCUGUGACGUACCUUCACUGGCUCUGUUUGUACAUUGAGAUUGUUUAACAAUGCUUUCUAUGUUCAUAUAAACUGUUUACCUUUUUCCAUGGAGUCUCCUGGCAAAGAAUAAAAUAUAUUUAUUUUAAAA